AUGACGGACACAGUUGUCGCGGAGGGACAAGUCAAGUUUAGAGAUGGAAAAAAGUGGAAGACUCGGUGGGUCGUUCUUCGGAAGCCCUCUCCGGUCGCAGACUGCCUGUCCUUGCUGGUGUAUAAGGAGAAGAAGAAAGGGAAGGAGAAGGGCAGCGGCCACAAGGAGAGGCUGAAUGUAACACUGGAGGGGAUCUGUGGCGUGGAGCCAGGGCUCGGAUACGAUGGCGUGUCCUACACCCUCUCCAUCCUUUGCUUGGCACACAUGCUGGUCCUUGGGUUCAACAACCGGGACACCCUGCUAGCCUGGGAUGCCCGCAUCCGCUACAGCUUGGGAGAAGUCCACAGGUUUAGCGUCAACGUUGAACCAGGUACCAAACUGGAAAGCGGUCCUGCAUCACUCCACCUGUGCAACAACUUGCUGGUCCUCACCAGAGGCCUCCCCCCCGUCGUCGUUGGCCACUGGAAGUUGUCGGCGUUACGUCGCUACGGUGCUGUGCCAAAUGGCUUCGUGUUCGAGGGAGGGACUCGGUGUGGAUACUGGGCUGGUGUUUUCUUCUUGUCCUGUUCAGAAGGAGAGCAGAUCAGUUUCCUAUUCGACUGCAUCGUCAGGGGCAUCAACCCCAGCAGGGCACCACACGGCCUGCAACCUGACCUGCCAGAUCCCAGUGCCGAUCCAGCUUCAGCAGAGGAACGAAUCAACCUCGAGGCAUCAGUGCUGGAGAAAAGACUGAGCAUGUUGUCUCAGUGCAGCUUAGCAAGCAGCACAGCCUCCUCUUACAGCUGCAGUACAUCUGUUGCUGGAGACGACCACAGCAGUAUUUCCAGCUCUUCCUCCAGUCAAUCAGAUGCGAGCUAUGGAAGCAGACUUCCAGUGUGGGCGGAGCCAUUAGGCAGACUGCACCUCUCCAGUGAGACAGCUUCAAGCUCUUCCACGCUGAAAGCACUGGCCAGUUCAGAUGACCGGCUUUAUUCUGCUGUUUUGGGAGGCUCCAGGAGCCAUCCCUCCUCCACCCACAUCCAUCCUCGCGGUCUCCAUGACAGCGGGCGGCAGAGUUCAUUAGACAGUGGGAUUGGGAUAGCGACAGGCAGCCACUCUUCUUACUCAGGGAGCUAUUCCUCAUGUACGGGGAGUCUGGACAUGGCCAGCGGGGGAGUAGGGGAGGAAUUUGGCUCUGUGGUCAGCCUUCCUCCUGCUCCUUCUUUUCCUUCCUCACCCUGCUCCUGCUCCUCCAGAUCUGCAUCUCGUACAUCUCGAAGGCAUAGUGAAGAAUACCAGAUUCCCAGUCUGCUUAGACUGUGGUAUGAUACCCCCAGGAGUCUGCUCCGAGCUCAACCUCAAAAGAAGCCAUCGUCCCACGGAGCCCAGUCUGAGCUCAGCAAAGAUAAUAAGAGCAGUGGAGAUGGAGGUGAUGGUCAGGGACAAGGAGGAGUGAUGGCUCAGCGUCAGGCCAUGAUGCAGCGCUCACACUCCUGGGGUAGCGAGAGGGCGCCCUCUGUGGACAGUGAGGGGAGGUCCACACCCAGACCCUUGUUGGUCCCUGGAGGCUUGUUUAAUGCAGAAAAGCAGUGCAGUCAUGGUUUAGACAACUACAUUACACAAGAGCAGUGGCGGUCAGUGAGGAACACAAGCUACACGCAGACUGACAGCUCUCCACUGAUGCACCUGACACCUUCUGCAGAUUCACAAGACUCUCCUCUCUGUAUCAGGGAGGAAUGUCAUGACAGCAGUGACAUCAGUUCUAAGCUUGCAAGUCUGAAGAAACUGUUGCCAUCUCUGCUCUUGCGUGCCCCUCCACCACCUCCUGUCACACUGAGCAUGCACAGACCAACAUCAGCUUGUGGCAUGUUCAGGUUUUCCCACGAGGCUCCUCCGCCUGCAUCCCUGGACUGCAGGCCUUGUAGUAACAGCAGUGUUAAUUAUGUCAACAUCCCCGUUAGCCCUCUGCUGUAUAAAACUAGAGAGCUACUCUACACAGAGCUGGAGCUGCAGAAACCCAGCUCGGCUCCGGCCUCCAGUCCGCGCAGUGCUGAGAGAGGUAACGCAGUGCAGCUCUGCAGACUCAGUAAGAACAUUGCACCUCAAACAGUUUUAGAUAACUAUUUGUCUUUUCCUGCUGCUGCUUUCUUUUUUGAACCCCCUCCAUCAUUUUCCCAUCCAGAAGAGGGCUCCAUCAGGUACGCCCACCUGGACAUCACUGCCAUGGAAACAGCUCAGAGAGUGGGGGCGGAGCAUGUUCAGGCCAGGGAGGACAGACUGACUCAGCUGGAGAGCAGGCGGCAAGGGCCACCAAACUGACUCU